AUAACAUUGAAAGAAAAGAAAAACUAAAAUUUCUCAGUAUAGCAAAAUAUAUAUUUAUAUUAUCAUGUCAAGAGUAGAUCCAUUGAUAGUUGGUCGUGUGAUAGGAGAUGUUUUAGAUCCAUUCACAAGGUCUGUUGAUCUUAGAGUGGUUUAUAAUAAUAGAGAAGUGACCAAUGCAUGUGCGUUGAAACCUUCUCAAGUUGUUAUGCAACCUAGGGUUCAAAUUGGAGGGGAUGAUCUUCGCCACUUUUACACUCUGAUUAUGGUGGAUCCUGAUGCUCCAAGCCCAAGCAACCCUAACUUGAGGGAGUAUCUGCACUGGCUGGUCACAGACAUCCCAGCAACUACAGAUACAAGCUUUGGUACUGAAGUUGUAUGCUACGAGAGUCCAACACCUUCAAUGGGAAUUCAUCGAUUUGUUUUCGUGCUGUUUCGACAAUUGGGACGUGAAACUGUGUAUGCCCCAGGUUGGCGUCAGAAUUUCAACACAAGAGACUUUGCUGAGCUUUACAAUCUUGGUUUGCCUGUUGCAUCAAUUUACUUCAAUUGCCAUAGGGAGAGUGGUACUGGUGGCCGCCGAGCAUAAAAAUUAACUUAAUGAUAUAUUUAUGGUACACAAAUAAAGUUCUUUUAAUAUGUCGUCACGAAAUCUUAGUCAAAUUAUAGGAUUUAGGGGCGACAUCAAAUCAAAAGAGUGUUUGCAGAAAUUUCAAUACAGGGAGUCUAAACACUGCUAGAAAAAUUAAAAGUUCUGAAGGUCUUUCCGUCGAAUUGUACUUCAUUGGAAAUUUCAUAUUUUCGCCAGAAACGUCCGUCAGAAAUACUUAUUUUUCUAGUAGUGACUAUUUUUAGGUAGAAACCUAGAUGCUUGAUAUCUAGUACUAAAGGGGUUUCUCUCAUGUUAUGAUUAAUAUUAUAGGUUAGCAUA